AUGAAGGAUUGCAUCGUGUCUAUCAUGGAGAAAUGUUCGAGUGAGAAGACGAGAACCAUGACGAGUGUGACGAAUUCCGAGUCGGAAGUGAUGGCGAUUCGGAGACGCGAGUCUCGCAUGGAAUUGACUGAAGACGGAAGAAUCAAGCCUUACGUCAGCUUCGACGGAUAUUUUCAGCUUUCCGGAGAAACUCCGCCGACUGUCGAUAAAAAUGCAAUGCGAAGAUGGAUAGUCUUCGUUGUUUUUAUUCUCGCGACGAUUUUUCUGGUUUCUCAACUGCGAACAGUGGGUGAAUCUGGGAAAGUGUCCCUCAAAACGUGUGAAAAAUUCGAUUUCGACGAGAUUUGGAAAUUACCUGAAAAAUGGUUUCAAAAUGACAGACUCUAUCUUGAGAAAGACCAACCGCAAGUCAUGCUCACAUUGGAGGCAAUGCGUUGUGCUAAAAUCCUGGCAGCUGAUGUUGCCAAAUUUGGCACUCAGUUUAAAAUUCUCUUGACCCUGGAAGGUGGCCAGAAAGCGCUUUUCAAGCCCAUGUGGUAUCCUGUGGAUCAUGUGAUAACUGAGGGCAUCAUUCAUGGGAAGGACAGACACCGUGGAGAGAUUUUCGCCCUUUAUUUGGACUUAUUAUUUGGAUUCGCCAAAGUUCCCCUAGUCACUGGAAUUUUUCUGGACUUCAAUCACCUCUUAUCCAAGGGUUCAGAAAGAUUGAGACGCACUGUGUUCAAUAAUGGAUCUGAAACUUGUGUGAUUGGAGAAUGCUAUUACUGCAAGAAGGAGGACGCAUUUUGUUUCCCUGCUGACAAGCCUGUUGUUGAAGGUGCUUUGGUGUUGUGGUUGCCAGAGAAGAUUAAAUUGCAGCAUUUGAGGAAUCCUUGGGCAAGGAAAUAUGCAAAGGGAAAAAUGGCCAAGUGGCAAUAUGACCCCAACUUUUGCCAGAAGAAUGUUCUAAGACGCGAGUUUUUCCAAGGAUUUGGACGUGCACAUGAGCAUCCCAUGUUUCUUGACAUGAUGGACACUGCAGUGUUUGACUACUUGAUGCUCAAUGGUGACAGACACACAUAUGAAUUGAUGGCUUUACCUGCACCCAAGAAUGGAUCCAUUUUGCUGCUUGACAAUGGGAAAAGUUUUGGAAACCCUGGCUGGAAUGGUUAUGAUGUGCUGGCACCCUUGCAUCAGUGUUGCUACUUGAGAAAAUCAACUUGGAUCAAGUUGGAGCCAUUUGUUGAGCAUGACCUUUUGCUGAGUAAGAAACUGAAGCAAAUGUCAGUUGCUGAUCCUGUGAAUCCCUUGCUGAGUGAAGCCCAAUGGGAAGCCUUGGAUGUCAGACUGAAGAGACUCAAAGACAUUCUCGAGCAGUCAACCAGUUUUGCAGGACACGACAACGUCUCUGUGCUGAUUUUCAACACCACCAGGGAGAAACUGGUGUUUGUGCGACAAUUCAAUCCUUCAGCAUACGUUUCCUCCCUGCCUGAGGAUGAAAUUGGAGUCGGAAAUUGUGUUUCUGUGGAGAAAUACCCGGCGAACACGGGAUUCACUGUCGAACUCUGUGCUGGGAUCGUGGAUAAGAACUUGAGCUUGGAGGCAAUUGCUGCUGAAGAAUGUGGGCAUGCAGUGGAUCCUAGAAAGCUGGAGAAAAUUGUCAGCAUCAUUGGAAGACCUGGACUAGCUGGAUCUUCUCAGAACAUAUUCCAUGUUGAGGUACAAUUGGGUUGACCGGUGCAGAAGGAUUGAUUUUCGUGCAAAAGCAGAGGAAAAACGGUUUCGUGGCGACACUCGUAGCAGAUAUGAGCUGGUGGACCUGCACUUCUGGGACAUUUUUUUGUCAUUUUUGUUUUUUUCUACCAGUGAGCCAAACAAGUAGAUGCCGAAUGUUGGACGCCAUCUUUAUGGCCUUUUUGUGCUGAAUUGUGCCAGUCCAUUGAGUCUACCAUCCUCCUUGAAUUUGCUGGGCAAUGCUGGAGAUUACUAUAAUGUAUUUUCAAUUCUGCUCCAUGAUAACGUGGGAAAUUAUGAUGUAGGUAGGUAAUGAUGAGGUAAUCACCAUAUUUACUCGAGUCCACCAUCCCCAUCCUGUAAAAAAAUGAAGUGCAUGUUACACUUGGAUACAAAAUUUUCCAGUAAAUUAUCUUAAACCUUCCCCCAAACUUAUAAUGGCUUUUUACGGCUUCCUUUUUGUGAUUCUUCGUUUGAUUCAAAUUAAGACAGAAGUCAAUUUCCGAGUAGUCAAUUUUUCGUAGUUAAUGAAGAGUACUAUGGAUGAACACUUUUUUCAGUACAUUAUCAAACUUAUGCUACACUUUAAAAUGAAAAUAAUUUUAAGAAGGCUUUUAUAUUCAGACUUUUACCCCUCGUAGUUUUACGAGGGGUAAAUAGUCUAAAAGCGUUUUUCUGGAAAAUUCGAGCUUGAAAUUUAAGGUGCUGCGUGUGGUACUCUAGUAAAUAUGGCAGAAGCAGUUGAUGCAUGAAGAAAUCUUCAGCAUUGCCCUUUAUUUUGAUGAUGGAGGAUGUUAGACUCUGGUCUGGUACAGUUUGGCACCGUCCGACAUUCGGCGCUAUUUGUUUGGCUCACUGGAGUAAUAUGAAGAAAAGGAAACAAUUGUUUUCAUAUCCUUCCUGCAUAAAUACAGUGAAUAAAAAAUAAUUUUAUUCACUACAUUUCUCAUUUAUUCCCAGAAAAUAUAAUACUUUCAUAAAUGUACUUUCAAUUAUGUAUUGAAUUCACAAUUAUAAAUUGUUGUCACAACCAAUUGUUUCUGUCUACUUCAAUUGAAGUAAUUUUCAUACAUUGAUGCAAUAUUGCACAUAUUAUCACAUGCAAUAUUAUCCAAGGAUAACAUGCACUUCUUUUUUUUAGGUUUUUUUUAGAGGUAUGAUACUUUAAAUUUCACUCCAGUGAGCCAAACA